AGAAGAGAGUUACACCCCACUGGAAUAAUAUAUGCAUCAAAGGAUUCACAUUACUCGAUUUCUAAAGCAACAAGAAUGUACAGAAUGGAGAUAGAGACCAUCAAUACUUUAGUCAAUGGGGAGAUUGAUUAUGCAGAUUUGAGAUCAAAAUUACUUCUCAACAAGAACAAACCGGCCAUCAUCAAUAUCAAUAUUGGAACUACCUUCAAAGGAGCUAUUGAUGAUCUUGAUCUGGUCCUACAAAUACUUCAAAAAUGUGGUUAUUCCAAUGAUAGAUAUUACAUCCAUUGUGACGCUGCACUAUAUGGGCUAAUUGUCCCAUUUACCCAACAUGUGAAAACAAUUACCUUCAAGAAGCCAAUAGGCAGUGUUUCAAUUUCAGGCCAUAAAUUCUUGGGAUGUCCAAUGCCUUGUGGCAUUCAGAUAACAAGGAAAAGUUACAUUACUAGUCUCUCAACAAAAAUCGAGUACAUUGCUUCCGUUGAUGCUACAAUUUCUGGUAGUCGAAAUGGCUUGGCACCAAUAUUCUUAUGGUAUAGUUUAUGCAUGAAAGGCCGUGCCGGAUUGCAACAAGAUGCCAAAAUGUGCAACGAAAAUGCCCGAUAUUUGAAAGGCCGACUUCAUAAAGCAGGAAUUAGCACUAUGCUCAAUGAGUCUAGCAUUAUCGUUGUCUUUGAACGACCUAAUGACCCUAAGUUCAUUCGUCAUUGGCAACUGUCUUGCACAAGAGAUAUGGCACAUGUUGUAGUCAUGCCGGGCAUCACAAGGGAAACAAUAGACAAUUUUUUCAAGGAUUUAAUGCAGGAGAGGAAAAAAUGGUACCAGGUUGGAAUAAUUGUGCCUCCUUGCCUAGCAGAUGAUAUUGGUUCUCAAAACUGUCUUUGCUCCAAACAGAAGAUGCGUCAUUGAAUUCCUUAGAAAACGAGACCCUGGAUAUGGAGUAUGCUUUUAUGCAGAGGUGACUCAAUAAAAUUGGUGGUCUAAACGCCAAAUUUUUAAUAAAUAGAAGACCUUAAAUUUAUUUGUGUUUAUUCUUCUUGAAAAAAAAAAGUUGUUCUUCUUCUUGAGUUUCAGUAUCAUUUUAUUCAACUAAAAUGGGACUUGUUCAUAUGUAGAACAGUCUCCCAUAUUGUUAAAUUCUUCUUUUGUUGUUUGUUAUUAAUUUAUUAAGAGCACCU